AUGGCGCCGACGCUGAACCAGAGCCAGCAGCAGCAGCAGCAGAGUCCGGCAGAGGCGGCGGCGCCGACUGCGCGGAGCAUCCCGGACGAGGCGCGGCGGCUGCUGCACGAGCUGGCGGCGGCGUGGGACGACGUGGCCGUGGCCGGGUGCGGGCGGCGGGAGCCCGAGGUGGUGCCGCUCAAGGGCGCCAUGACCAACGAGGUGUACCAGGCGCGGUGGGCCACCACCACCGGCGGCGGCGCCGAAGCGGGCAGGGACGCGCGGACCGUGCUGGUGUGGGUGUACGGGGAGGGCGUCGACCUGUUCUUUGACAGGGAGGACGAGGUGCGCACGUUUGAGUUCAUGUCGCGGCACGGACUCGGCCCCCGCCUCCUCGGCCGCUUCCCCAACGGCCGCGUCGAGGAGUUCAUCCACGCCAGGGACUACGAGUAUGCAAGUUUUAACCCUGUUGCCUAUGACAUGGCAAACCAUUUCUGUGAGAUGGCCGCAGACUACCAUUCAGAAAAGCCGCACGUAUUGGACUACAAUAAAUAUCCAGAUACCGAUGAGCGGAAGCAAUUUGCGCAGACAUACCUGAGCUCCUCAGGUGAGGAAUCUGAAGUGGAGGUAGAGAACCUGAUCAAAAGCAUUGAGAAGUACACCCUUGCCAGCCAUCUAGUCUGGGGCCUUUGGGGAAUAAUUUCGGACCAUGUCAACGAUAUCGACUUCGACUAUAAGGAAUACGCGAGGCAGAGGUUCGAGCAGUACUGGCUGAAGAAGCCGACCAUCCUAACUUCUCAGACUGCUGAAUAG